CAACCUCCGCGUUGCAAAAAACCAACGGUCAUCACUUCAAGGCCCGGGUACCGACUACCGACGGCCUCGUCCUUUUUGGUUUUUUUGCGAGAGACCGCGAAGGAUUCCAUUCCUCAAAGUCAGAUGCCACAAUGCCCGCUACUUCUCCCACGUAGUUCCCGGCCUCCAUUAACAAUUCCAAGAGCUCUUCUUUGCAGGCUUUACACAUCAAACCUCUCUCCGGAUCAAGAACACGAAGUCGAGCAAUACGCCCAUCUCCUCCAUAGAUGUGCCCAAACCUCCAAUCUCGAACUCGGCACCGCUAUCCAUGCUCGCCUCCUCAAGCGCACCCUCCUCGCAUCCUCCCUCUUCCUCCAGAACCACCUCCUCAACAUGUACUUCAAGAGCACCCGCGACCCCUUUCUACCCCUCCGACUGUUUGAUGAAAUGCCUCAGAGAAACAUCGUCUCGUGGUCCGCCGCCAUUGCCGGUCUCGUCCAAUGCAACCAUCCCCGACGGGCCCUCUCCCUCUUUCAUCAGAUGCGCCAGGCUGACAUGAGGCCCAACGAGUUCACCCUCGUGAGCACGCUCAAUGCCAGCUCGCUCUCUGGCAGGCCGGGUCACGCACGACAGAUAUAUGCCCAAGUCAUCCGGCUCGGCUUCGAGUCGAAUGUGUUCUUGGCGAACGCUUUCCUCACGGCGUUGAUCCGAAAUGGGAGAUUGCCAGAGGCGAAGGAGAUGUUUGAGAAUUGUCGAGAUAAGGAUGUGGUUUCUUGGAACUCGAUGAUCGCGGGCUACUUGCAGUUUUCCUACUCGGAGGUGUGGGGGUUUUGGUGUCGGAUGAUUGAGGAAGGGGUUAAUCCGGAUGAAUUCUCGUUUAGUAGUGUUCUUACAGGCUUGGCAGCGACUUCGAGCUUGAGGCUCGGUGUGCAAGUCCAUGCCCAACUUGUUAAGUAUGGUGUUGGAGAUGAUGCAUGCGUAGGGAAUUCAUUGGUGGACAUGUACUUGAAGAACAGAGAUUUGGUUGGUGGUUUUAAAGCCUUCAACGAUAUGCCGGAAAGAGAUGUGGUUGCUUGGACCCAUAUGGCUGCCGGUUGCCUGCACUGUGGAGAACCUGGUAAAGCUCUUGAGAUCACAUAUCAGAUGAAGCUGGCGGGCAUCAAACCGAAUAAAUUCACACUAUCAACAACAUUUACUGCAUGUUCUAGCUUGGCUUCUUUGGAAGAAGGGAAGAAGGGACAUGGCUUUAGGAUUAAGCUAGGAGUCGAAAUCGAUGAAUGUGUUGAUAAUGCACUUAUCGACAUGUAUGCAAGGUGUGGUUCUAUGGAUUGUGCAUGGGGGGUGUUCCGAUCGAUGAAGGAGCGGUCUGUUAUUACGUGGACCACGAUGAUCAUGGGAUUUGCGCAGAAUGGACUUGCUAGGGAAGCUCUGGAAGUCUUUGAUCAGAUGAUUUUAGAGCAUGUGGAACCAAAUUAUAUUACAUUCAUUUGUGCUUUAUAUGCAUGCAGUCAAGGAGGGUUUAUUGGUGAAGGUUGGAAAUACUUCGACUCCAUGACAUGCGAUCAUAACAUUGACCCCGGUGAAGAUCACUAUGCAUGUAUGGUGGAUCUCCUUGGAAAAGCAGGGAAAAUUGCAGAAGCGGAAGCUUUGAUAAUGAGCAUGCCUUUCCGACCUGGUGUUCUAGUAUGGCAGACCUUGCUUGGUGCUUGCCGACUUCAUGGUGAUGUGGAGACAGGCAAGCGAGCAGCGGAGCAGGCACUUGCUCUGGAAAAGGACCCAUCAACUUAUGUUUUGCUAUCGAACAUGUUCGCAAACACAGACAAUUGGGAUGGGGUAGGAAGGAUUCGCGAACUUAUGGAAGAUAGAGAAGUCAAGAAAGUGCCUGGAACUAGUUGGAUCGAGACUGCAUAUGGUAGUAAUUAUCCUAUACUAUCACAAUAUGGAGCUCGCACGUAGUUCAGAAAAUUUUACAAAUGCAUUC